AUCUAAUUGGACCUCUCCAUUCUUAACUCCCUGAAAACUCUCUCUCUCUCUCUCUCUCUCUCUCUCACCCUCACCCUCCAACUAAAGUCUGCCUACUUCAAUUCUCACUUCUCUGCAAUACCCAGAUAGCCAUGUACCGCUUCGCAGCAAACCUUGCCUCCAAAGCUCGGGUUGCCAGGAACACCACCCAACAGAUUGGUAGUAGAUUGAGUUGGAGCAGAGACUAUGCAGCCAAAGACAUCAAAUUUGGCGUGGUGGCUCGGACUUUGAUGCUACAGGGUAUUGAAGAGCUUGCUGAUACUGUUAAAGUAACCAUGGGCCCCAAGGGUCGGACUGUGGUGAUUGAACAAAGCUUUGGUGGCCCCAAAGUGACAAAAGAUGGUGUCACAGUUGCGAAGAGCAUUGAGUUCAAGGACAAGGUCAAGAAUGUUGGUGCAAGCCUUGUAAAACAGGUUGCUAAUGCAACCAAUGAUGAAGCUGGCGAUGGUACUACUUGUGCUACAAUCCUUACCCGAGCAAUAUUUGCUGAAGGUUGCAAAUCAGUUGCAGCUGGGAUGAAUGCAAUGGACCUAAGACGGGGUAUUACUAUGGCAGUUGAUUCUGUGGUAACAGACUUGAAAAGCAGGGCACGUAUGAUUAGCACAUCUGAAGAAAUAGCGCAGGUUGGGACUAUAUCUGCAAAUGGGGAAAGAGAAAUUGGUGAGCUGAUAGCUAAGGCCAUGGAGAAAGUUGGCAAGGAUGGAGUCAUCACAAUUGCAGAUGGUAAGACAUUGUUUAAUGAAUUGGAAGUUGUUGAGGGGAUGAAACUGGAUAGAGGCUACAUAUCCCCAUAUUUCAUCACCAACGAGAAGAACCAGAAAUGUGAAUUAGAUGACCCUCUUAUUCUAAUUUAUGAGAAGAAAAUCUCAAGCAUAAAUGCUAUUGUCAAAUUACUAGAGUUGGCAUUGAAGAGUCAAAAGCCCCUGUUAAUUGUUGCAGAAGAUGUGGAAAGUGAGGCAUUGGCAACUCUUAUUCUAAACAAACUUCGUGCUGGAAUCAAGGUUUGCGCCAUUAAAGCCCCUGGGUUUGGAGAGAACAGGAAGGCCAAUCUGCAGGAUCUUGCCAUUCUCACAGGAGGCGAACUUAUAACUGAAGACCUUGGAAUGAAUUUGGAGAAUGUGAAUUUGGACAUGCUUGGUACUUGCAAAAAGGUCACUGUUUCUAAGGAUGACACACUUAUUCUUGACGGUGCUGGUGACAAGAAGGCUAUAGAGGAAAGAUGUGAACAGAUUAGGUCGGCAAUUGAAUUGAGCACUUCUGAUUAUGACAAGGAGAAAUUGCAAGAGAGAUUAGCUAAGCUUUCUGGAGGUGUUGCUGUACUGAAGAUUGGAGGAGCAAGUGAAGCUGAAGUUAGUGAGAAGAAAGACAGAGUGACAGAUGCUCUGAAUGCCACAAAGGCAGCUGUAGAAGAAGGAAUUGUAGCCGGUGGUGGUGUCGCUCUUCUUUAUGCAUCAAAAGAGUUGGAUAAGCUGCCAACAGCCAACUUUGAUCAGAAGAUUGGUGUUCAGAUUAUUCAGAAUGCUCUCAAGACACCUGUUUAUACAAUUGCUUCUAAUGCCGGAGUUGAGGGGGCUGUUGUCGUUGGUAAGCUAUUGGAGCAGAAUGACCCCGAUCUUGGUUAUGAUGCUGCCAAAGGUGAAUAUGUUGAUAUGGUAAAGGCUGGAAUUAUUGAUCCAUUAAAAGUAAUAAGGACUGCUUUGGUCGAUGCAGCAAGUGUCUCAUCGCUGAUGACAACCACUGAAGCUGUUGUAGUUGAUAGUCCCAAAGAUGAGAAGUCAGUACCAGCAAUGGGUGGCGGCAUGGGUGGUAUGGGUGGCAUGGGUGGUAUGGAUUUUUGAAGAUCAUCGUCGACUAUAGUGCUUUGAUCCAACCCAUCUGACCUUGUUUUCCACAGAUGAAAAUAAGCAUUGUGGUUUUUGCCUAAUUUUUAGUCAAUCAUUUGUGGAGCGAAGGAUAAAUGUAAUCAUAGCGAGAGAGAUUGUUCUGUCGAAAGUGGUUGACAAUGUAGGAUAGAAGCCGAAUUUGAUUAGUGAAGGAUUUGUACUGUAUUUUGUCAGGAUAACAAAUUAUCUUCCUAGCAUAAUUGGCAAUUGAAAAAUGCGUUCUUUCUUGCCUCCCA